AUGGGCCAGGUGCUGUUCUGCGUGCUGGGAGAGCUCCUGGGGUCUGCCAAGCGCCUGAACGUGAACUACCAGGAUGCGGACGGCGGCCACUACGACGUGUCGGAGAUGCUGCUCCAGCACCAGUCCAACCCCUGCCUCAUCAACAAGGCGAAGAAAACCCCCCUGGACCUGGCCUGUGAGUUUGGGCGAUUGAAGGUGGCCCAGCUGCUGUUGAACAGCCAUCUGUGCGUUGCCCUCCUGGAGGGACAAUCCAAGGAUGCCACCGACCCCAACUACACCACCCCGCUGCACCUGGCAGCCAAGAACGGGCACAAGGAAAUCAUCAGGCAGCUGCUGAAGGCCGGGAUCGAGAUCAACAAGCAGACAAAGACGGGCACAGCCCUGCACGAGGCUGCGCUCUAUGGCAAAACAGAAGUGGUGCGGUUGCUGCUGGAGGGCGGCGUCGACGUGAAUAUCAGGAACACAUACAACCAGACGGCGCUGGACAUCGUGAACCAAUUCACCACCUCUCACGCCAGCAAGGACAUCAAGCAGCUGCUGAGAGAGGCAUCAGGAAUCCUGAAGGUCCGAGCUUUGAAGGAUUUUUGGAACCUCCACGACCCGACUGCUCUCAACGUCCGGGCAGGAGAUGUCAUCACGGUGCUGGAGCAGCAUCCGGAUGGACGAUGGAAGGGGCACAUCCAUGAUGCUCAGAAAGGCACUGAUCGGGUUGGGUACUUCCCCCCCUCCAUCGCCGAAGUCAUCAGCAAGCGAACAGGCAUGGUUGUCCCCCGUGUGGCGCCCGUGCACCAGCGCCAGGGUCCCCCCGGGGCCCUCCCGGCCCCCCCCAGCGGGUUGCAGCAGCUCCCCGACGAGUGUCCUCACCAGGCAGCCCUGAACGUCCCAGCGGCCUAUGGCCACCUCACCCUAACCCGGACGGCCCCAGGCCCUGACAGCUCAGCAGGAGACAGGAACAGUGUGGGCAGCGAGGGCAGCAUUGGCAGCAUCCGCAGUGCCGGCAGCGGCCAGAGCACCGAGGGCACCAACGGGCAGAGCACCAGCAUCCUCAUCGAGAACGCCAGGCCGCUGCCCUCCGCUGGCGACGACCUCCAGCAACACCUUCUGGGAUCGGAGCCACACAAUGGGCAGUUGACCUCCACGGCAGGGCCACAGGGCCACCAGACCCCGGGCAGCUGCCCCCCUGGAGACAGGGUCUUUUCCCACCAGUUCUUGCGGCCUGAGCAGCUCCUUGAGGGGAAGGAUCUGACAGCCAUUGGCGUGACCAAACCAGGCCACAGGAAGAAGAUCUCCACCGAGAUCGGGCAGCUCAGCAUUGCUGAGUGGCUGCCCAACUACAUCCCGGAUGACCUGAUGGACUGGCUCAGUGCCAUCGGGUUGCCCCAGUACCACAAAAAGCUGGUGAACAACGGCUACGACUCCAUCACCAUCGUGACGGACCUGACAUGGGAGGAUCUGCAAGAGAUUGGCAUCAACAAGCUGGGUCACCAGAAGAAGAUCAUGUUAGCUGUCAAGAAGCUCAGAGACCUUCGCAAAAGCCUCAACCAAGCAGAAGCAACUCUGGCAAGACACAAAGUCCCCAGUGCCCUGGAGAUCGUCACCAUUGAGUCACUGGAGAAUGGGGAGUGCCAAUCCCCGCACACCCCCAAAAUGACAACCUUCCAGGACAGUGAGCUUAGCUAUGAGCUCCAGACGGCCAUGACCAACAGCUGCCAUGAGACGCUCAGCAUCAAGAGCAGCCAGGGGAUGUCACGGAGCCAGGAGAGCAUCGGGGUGCGGUCCCGGGGCUCGGGGCACUCGCAGGACAGGCCCAGUCCCGAGCCCUAUGGGAACGGAGGCAGCCCGCUCAAGGAGAGGAACCUGCCCGAAGGCACGGAUCAGUACGCACAGCCAGUGGCUCAGAAAGGUGUCACGACACCGGCGAUCACCCACUGUACUCCUCCCCAGACCCCCAGCAAGGCAACGGCCCCGUACGUCUUCAUGUACCCGCACGUCUCCUUGAAAUCCCCAGCGGUCCCUUCCCUCCUGGGAGUGGAGCAGCCCAAGACCCUGGCACACCCGUACCCCUCCAUCUCCUCCGGACAGAAGAGCAGCCUGCAGAUGUCAGCCCAAAAAGCCUUCUCCUACCUGCACAGCCAGUGUGGCCCCAUGGAGCCGCCCGCCAUGCUGCCCACGGCUGGGGCAGCCACAGAUGUGGACGAUGAGUCAUAUGAUGGUCUUUCUGACGGCGGCAGGGACCCCUUUGAGAGCAGCAAGCCACGGAGACGGACAUUCAGCGAACCCAGCGCUCCCAUGACGGAGGUGGCUGCACAGAGUGGGCAGGAGGAUGCCUGCUCAGACACAGAGGAGGAGGCCGAUGCAGCCGUGCUGGACACAGAGCCUGGUUCCCAGCCGGCAGAGUCUCCCUUCUGUGCUGGGAAGGAGCCAGUGGUGCCCACUGCCGCCAAGGAGCCGCCCAUGCUGGAGUUCAACCUCACAGAGUCGGACACGGUGAAGCGCCGGCCUCGCUUCAGGGAGCGGGAGCCGCUGCAGGCGGUGCUGAAGGCGUUCAGCAUGGCGGCACAGGCUGAGGCGGGGGCCAGCCCUGUGCCCCAGUAUGCCCAGGCCCAAGCAGUGAGCAUUGCGGGCCCCACUGUGCCAGCACCGGCGCCACAGGCCGGGCUGGUCAGGGAUGCGUUUGAUGACGACAGCAUGGAGUUCAGGAUUGCCGAGAUAGAGAAAAGCAUCUUGUCGCUGCAGAAGGGGAUCAAGAAGGCACCAAGCCCCACCAAAGUCCCCAGCUCUGCGGAGCUGCUUGGCACCACCAUGGUGAGGACACCCGCUCCAGCCGCCGAGGUGGUGCCGGAUGUGGUCGGGUCCCUGGCUGGUGCCGGCUCACUGACGCUGGAAGCGGGCAGCAAGGUGUCGGCAAAGCCUUUGGCAGCUGCCCCGGGGGCCACCCUGGCCCAGCAGCGGCUGGAGCAGACCAACUCCACCCUGGCUGUCACGCUGCAGGCGGCCGAGAAGAUCACAGUGGAGGAGGCAGAGAGCCAUCCCAGGGCUGUGCACUCGGCCAAGAACAUCCUGGAAGACAUCAGCAACAUGUUCGAUGACCUGGCUGACCAGCUAGACGCGAUGCUGGACUGA